AUGAGUAAACCUUUAGUUCAUCCAUCAGUCGAUAGUUUCCCAGAGCUUACUAAGAAACAGGAAAGCGACCGGAACUCGAUCACUCAGCAGACCUUUUUAAUAGCAUGUUUUCUGAAACUUGGAUACACUGCAAAGCUUCACCGCACGACGAAAAAGACAGGCGGCUUAGAACGGUUCAUUAUCGAUGAAGUGAGCGACCCCGAGAUACAAAGCGAAGCAGAAACGGAGAGAAAGAAGCGCGACAAAGAGAAAAACAGUCAACAGAGGAACAAGGACAAAAGUGUUCAAUCAGUAUAUUACAAUGGUAUAAUCGAGUUGUUGAAAAGAAGAGGCAAUUUAAUGGAAAUAAUGCCAACAAGAUCAUCGUCCAAAAGUGUUAAAAGGAAUAGAGUUAUAUUAUUCAACGAUCUUACAUUUGACGAUACUAACGUAUUUGGAACAAAGAUCAAUGAACACUUUCAAACCCUUUUGCCACCUUCAAAGGGUAAAAGGACUGAAAAUGGAAGGGAAUUUACUGUGGAUGAUGUGCUCACUACAAUAACUGGUGAGCGGAGUAUACUAAAAUUGAACGUACAAGAUAACACAAAACAAUAUAACAAAUACGAGAAAAAUUUUUUAGAACCAAAAGUGACUGAACCACCUGAUGUAUCACAAAAAGAAAGCAAUUUGGAAACUAAUAUUGACGAAGCUGUUCUUACAAAUUCAGCGAGUGGAAGUAAUGUUGAUGAAAGUAAUAUCACACAAAGUCAAGAAUCUUAUUAUAAUUGUCCUGUUGUUCAAGGGACGUCAUUUACACCACAAAUGACUUGUUUUGUAGAUCAAGAUGGUGCACCAAUAACUAUGGGUUACUACAUUUACUACGUAAAUGUAGUACCAGUGUACUUCGUGCCACAACAACAGGAUAUACAAGAAAAUCAGCAGUGCGAACUAUCACCCAAUCUUAUGACUAACAACUUAUCAGAAAGUCAAUAA